UUCGAUUUUCCGGAUUGUUAAAAAAAUAUCUCAAACAAAGCAUUGCAUUUCCUGCAUAUUUUCAUGAUUGCAUCAACUCAUAAACCUUGAAACUUAACAAAGUGUGAGUUCAAUCGACUUUUUUGGAAGUCACUUCAAAGUUUUCGUGCCACAAACGACAAAGUCGGUCGAGCUGUACUGUCCGAAAUUAGAUUCGAAAUCAAACAACUAGGCCCUAUUCAACUAGGUAACCGGAAAAACGCCGACCGACCGACCGACCGACUGACCUGCCAACCUACCGUCAUAUGCAGUAUCCCUUUCGCUUCUCUAUAGCACAUGUGUCUGUGUAGUGCCCAGCGCAAUGGACGUGAUGGAGUCCGACGUGUCUGACAGCAGCAUCUCCAGUCAAUUGACAAUUAUACUGGGAAAACGAGCCCACGCGAAUACAAUGUCAAUGUCACUUAUAAAUGAUGAAGGAUUAUAGCACCAUGUCCUUGGCAGAAACUCAAGAAGAAAAGGGCCAACCUCUCCACGAUAUGAAGAUGGAACUGCAUAGCAAAGGGGCUGUGCUUACAAAUGCCUGGUCGGACUUGUCCUCUUUUCUGACAAAGUAUCAGGCAGAGCUGACAAGGAAGGAGUUCGCUGUAGAAAUUGCGGGAAAGGAAGUGGAUAUCCGUAAAAAGCAGCUGGAAGAAAUGAAACUUGUGCUUGAAUUUGGCAACGACGAAGUGUCAAAUUUACAAAAUGAGGUACAAACAAAGGAAUCACAGAUAAAUCAUUUGCAGUCUGAACUUUUGAUUAAAGAACAGCUGGUACAAAAGAUGCAAUUAGAUCUCGACUGUAACCAGGACCUCGUCGCUCAAUCCAGGAAUGAUUUUCAUGCAGAGUAUUCUGAACUUGUGCAGUGUCGGGGCAAUUUAGAGAAAUUACAAUCUGAACUGUCUGUAAAACAGGAACAAAUAGAAAUCAAGGACAUUUUGUUGAAGAAGAUGCAAGGUCAGUUAAUGAGUGAGAAUGCUGACCUGAAAGAACAAUUGGAGAAGGAACGCAGUGCACAUGAACUGACUAAGAAAAGACUGGAAGAGAAAUCAAAAUCCACUGCACCGUUGUUAAAACAGUUCGACUUAAGCAUCUCAAAUAUCAGAACUGAGCCACAGCAAAGGGACCAUGAAAAUAAUUCUAGUGCAAAAUCGUGCAAAUUAAAGUCCUUGUUGACUGGAAAAACAGCUUUCACUGUGACCGCUUUAGGAACUGCCCCUGGUACCUCUGUUAUCUGUACAACUGAUGUGCCUCAAAAGAAGACAAGAUAUUCAACGCGAUCAACUUCCUCAGGAUUAAAUCAAGAAAGUGAUAGCGUCAACAUUCCCACUCAGGCUACCUCAGGUAGUGAAGUUUAUUUUCCGUUAAGUGUUUCAGGGGAGGCGGGACAGGAGUCUGUGAUUGACACUGUCUCUGAAAUGUUUACAAACCACCGAGAUCUAAAAAAUGAGCAUUUUGAUAAGCAGCCUGGUAAAUCAAGUUCGGGAAGUGAUACUGACAUUAUGGAUGCACUAGAAUAUCCAGUCCCUGUAUCUGGUCCGAUUCCCCAUUACAUGGGAUAUGCUGCGAAUUCCGAAAAAGCUGGGGAAAAAGAGAAAACGAUUUUCCCGGGCAAUAGGAAAAAACUCUCAAAAUCUAAAAAUAAAGCGGAUAACGAUGUGAUGUGUGAUUUGUGUGGCAAGAUAGUGAGUAACCAUCGUUACUUGAUUGACCACAAAGCCCAAGUGCAUGGUAUUGGAAAAUGCCUGAUUUGUGAGGUGUGUGGAAAAUCACUCUGCAAACCAUCUCAAUACAGGGACCACGUCAACGCACACAAAGGGAUCAAGGAACACCAGUGCCCGGACUGCAAAAAGUCAUUCUGUUUCCAAACAAGUUUAAAUCGACACAUUCAGGACAAAAUCUGUAAAAGGCCUCUACGAAAUGGAAAAAAAUCAAAUGCCCCCAAGAUCUUUGCUUGUGAGCAGUGUCACCAGGCCUACUCUACCAAGACUAGUCUUUCACAGCACAUCAAUGGAAUGCACGGCAGGAGGAUGUAUCAUUGUCUUGUGUGUCGUAAAGAUUUCCGAUGGAGGUCAGGUUUUAACAAGCAUAAAAAGAAACACUUGACUUCAUCUACAUAGGAUAUCACCUUGGAUGGUGUAACUGCAGUUAGGUGAAGUAAUUAUGAGCCCAACCAGCUUGGCAAUAAUGAAGUUUACCUCAUCAAUUUAUAAAGGGUGGUUCUGGGAUAUACUAUUAUUAGAAAAGGAAGACAAAUGUUCUACUGUCUGUGCACACUUUCAGAUGCAUAUCUGCCUUACUACCUUCAUAGGAACUCAUCAUAAGUCCUGGCCCUUCAUUUUCUCGGACACUUCUCCUUAAACAUCCAAAUGUUUUUGUUUGCAAGUAUAAACUGUAAUGAUUUGGCAAGAAGAGUUUGUUUGUUUGCAUAUCAUCCCUUGAGUUACCAAUUCUAUGAGAGUUGUAGUACAAUGUACAACAAAUAUUAAUCAUUGGUAGAAGUAGGAAAUUCAUACAUUCAUUUCAUACAUAAAAUUAUAUUUGUGUUGUAUAUCAGGGGGCAACGUUGAUGCGUCUCCAUCCAAUGAGGAGCCGCAUCAAUGCUGACGUAAUUGAUCACGUAAUUGAUCACGCUGGGGAGAAUGGAGGAUUAAAAGUAGACCGUGGGAAUUUUCCACGAUUAUCCACAGGUAUCUUAUCUGAACCCAAUUCCAAUAAUCCCGCACACUUAAUUCCAAGAAUUACACAUUACAGUGCUACUCAUAAGAAAGGUUUUACAAUUACUAUACAACAUUUGCUACAGGUAGAAUUUCCUUUUCUGUUGUAAAUGUAAAUAGAUUAAUUACCGUCUUGUAAAACCAUCAUACAUGUACUACAUAGUUUAAAUCACUUUACAACAUGGGCUUGGAUAUCCCAUCUUAUUUACUUUGUAGAUGAAUAAAGGUUUAUUUUGACUA